AUCACAAUUCACAUCAAGCAACAAACAUAGUCGCAUGUUUUAAAUAUACAAAACUCAUCAUCUAAUAUUCAACCAUAUAUAUAUAUACAAAUAAAAGAAGAAAACCCACAAUCAACAACCACAUCAUGCAACAAACGCAGACCAAAAGACAAUAACACGACCAUUCACCAAAUUAACAACAUUCAACAUCCACAAACACAUCUUACUUCAAGCAACAAUCACUAAUUCAUAAAUCCAAACCACAUCACUCAACAUCCAACCAUAUACGCAUACACAAAUAGGAAAAAUCAUAACAUAUAAAACCCACAAACGACAGUCCAAAUGUCAAAUAUAUAGUCAACAUCCACAAACACAUUUCACAUCAAGUAAUAAACACAAAAUAAAAUCAACCACACGAUUAUUCAUCAAUUUAAACAGUAUACUUACAAAAGUGUUAAAAUUACACAAAAUCAGUCCUGGCGCUAUAAUCAUUUGAUUGGGCCAAAUAAUCCUCUCCAGCCGAUUGAGUGCGAGAGUAACUUAAAACCCAAAAAAAAAAAAAAAAAAAAAGUGCGGAAUGGUUUGUGAUCGUUGCGAAGCGAAAUUGUCCAAAAUUGCAACACCUGAUCCAUGGAAAAAUGGAGCUGGAAAGAGAAAAAUCAACGAAAAUAAAUUUUUGUCCACUGCGAGAGAUAGACAGAACCCUAUUGCCAAAAGUUUAGCUCCAUGCAGAAUAUGCAGACAAAAAGUUCAUCAGAUUGGCUCCCAUUAUUGUCAAGCAUGUGCCUACAAAAAAGCAAUAUGUGCCAUGUGUGGAAAAAAGCUUCUCGAUACCAAAAAUUAUAAACAAAGUUCAACUUGAUUGGAGUAUCUUAUAUGUUAGAAAAAAUUUAAUAUUUACAAAACAUGUACAUUUAGAGCUUAAUAUAAUUUUGGUAAAAUUAAUAGAUUUAUUUAUGUUGUA